AUGUCCCAUCCUCCCCCUCUACAACAUCAUCAUCAAGGAGCGGAGGUCGAGAAAUCAGCUCUGGCGAUUGUGUUCAAGAAGUGGUCGCGAGGUUGGGUCGCGGGUAAGGAUCAGGGGUGGGUUGCUGCUGAUACUGGGAUGGUCUAUAGGGAGAAGAAAAUACAGAGGGAAAGGGAGAGCACAUGA